UCCCCCACCACCAGCAUUGCAGUAGGGGUGGAAGAAGGCCACCGUAGGACGUCCGUCCCUCGCUCGCCGAGCGUUCCUGCUGCUUUGAAGCCAGAAGCGCACCGCCAGCACCAGCAGGACCAGGACAGCGAUCAGCAGCACACACAGAAACACCAGAGGCAGCAGCAGCUUCCACAGCAACCUGAAACACAACACAAUCUCUAUCAUUUCCACUCUGGAUCUUGACAUCAUGAAGGCUCUUUUGAUUUUGUUUGUUUUAAUGAAUUUGGACAAACUCCUGAAGACGGCACGCUGCAUAGAAACGCAAGACCAAAUUCUAUCAAUCACCCCGAAAACACAGGAGCAAGUGGACAUCUUGAAGAAUAUUUCCACUCAAUAUGAGACAGCUUUAUGGCAGCCUGCUUCACAUCAGUUCAUCAAGGAAGAAACUGAGGUCCACCUGUUCGUCCCUGCAAACAGCUCAGCGACUGUCGAGGAUCUGCUGCAGAAACACGCCAUAACACAUCAGGUGCUACUGGCCAAUGCCAACGAGUUGAUUGAAAUGCAGACGAGGAACGUCUCCACUGACCCCCGAAGCGGCGCAACCUUCUACGAGAGAUAUCACAGCCUGGAGGAUAUCUAUUUCUGGAUAAACAGGACCCAACACGAGCGCCCCGACAUUGUCAAAGUCAUUCUCAUUGGCUCCUCGUAUGAGAAGCGACCGCUCUAUGUUCUGAAGUUGUCUGUGAACAACAGGCCGAAUAAGAAAGCAAUGUGGAUUGACUGUGGGAUCCAUGCCAGAGAGUGGGUCUCUCCUGCUUUCUGCUUAUGGUUUGUACAUCAUUCUUUGUCUUUUUACAACCUGAACGAAGACAUGAGAAACAUCCUGGACAACAUGGAUGUCUACGUCCUGCCUGUUAUGAACCCUGAUGGAUACAAGUACACGUGGACAACAAACAGGAUGUGGAGGAAGAACCGCUCUGCCAGCAGGAGUAGCAACUGCAUCGGGGUCGACCUCAACAGAAACUUUGAUGCCAACUGGUGCACGGAGGGAGCGUCUGAUGAGCACUGCACUGAGAUCUACUGCGGUGCCUUCCCUGAGUCUGAACCAGAGUCGCAGGCUGUGGCCAACUUCCUGCGCCGUCACAAGGACGUAGUUCAGAUCUACCUCAGCAUCCACUCCUACUCUCAGAUGCUGCUCUUCCCGUACUCCUGCACCUUAGAUGAAACAGAGAACCACAACGAGCUGCUUGAGAUGGUCCAAAUCGCUGCCCAGAAAAUCAGAAGAUAUUACAAAAAUAACUACAAAUAUGGUUCUGGAGCAAAGACGAUAUACUUGGCUCCCGGUGGUUCUGAUGAUUGGGCGUACAACCUUGGCAUCAAAUACUCCUUCACAUUUGAGCUCCAGGACCGUGGGCGUUAUGGCUUCCUGUUGCCACCAUCUCACAUUUCCAGGGCCUGCAAUGAAGCUCUGACUGCUGUGAAGACCAUUGCUCUCCUAGUUAUAGAGAAAACACAAGCUCCAACAAGUCCUCUUUAAACCGUCUGAGCAGUUACACCUGCCAUUAACGCGGGAGUCCAAUACUUUAAGCCAUUUUUGUGAACUUAAAAAUAUAAAUAUAUAAAAACUAUUAAAAUAAAAAGAUUAAACUGAUUAUAUCAUGGUUGUGUUAUUGAUGUUAAUAAUGUGUGUAGUCUUAUCCAAACAAUACCCCUGUAUGAUGUGAUGCAAUUUAAUA